ACGGUUUAAAACUUCCAUUUAACUACAUUACCCACAAUGCAACAACUGGUGUGGUUUGUAGUCGCUCUCGCGGGCUUUGUUUUGAUAUGGCGGCAGGCUUCGAAACUUCUCUGUGUUAUGCUACUAUAACGAACACUUUCACUCAAGUAACGCCGCUUUUCGCUUAUGUUACAGCGAGCCCUGCCUGAGACUGCGCGAUCAUCAUGUCAUCUCCAGCCGGGCUUCAGUACUCCCAGGCAGCAGAGUUCUUAGCUCGGUGGAUGCCAAGUAGCUCCAGAGCCGGGGUAAUCCUCAACCCCUGCCCGGACUUGGCUGGCUCCUUGCGACACAUCCCCGCCGUGGGAUCCCAGCCCCUGGAGCCAGACGACUCAUUUGCCUCGGACUUUGCCCCUCUGCCCGCCUCCGCAGACAGCAGCUGUCUUGGUGUGGAUGGCUUUGCCCGGUCACCUGGUGGAGAGAGGGCUGGAGCUGACAGGCCAGUAAACGGACUGUCCUCUGUAGCUCAGAGAAAUUCAGAUGGAGAGUUGGACAGUUUGGAUGAGAUGACGAGCAAAUCACAGGAUCUGUCCCUAAUGAUGAAGCUUGAACAGUUGAGGAAAUGGCAGCAGCACAUGCAGGAGCAGCUAAAAGCCCAUCAAUUGGAGGAGCUGCUUCGCCUCCAGAAGGAGCAGCAGAGGCUGCUGGGAAGGAUGAAUGGAUCUGAAGACUGCACAGGAGAUCACACAGAUAGUUCGGGGCUGUCAAGAGCAGAAUGGAGGGAGAACUCACUCCAAGAAGCCUAUCAUUACACAGAGAGCCUAAACAGCCCCACCAUAAGUUGCACUGGGGUCCCACAGGGCUCCACCUCUGGACAGGAACAAGAGCACUCACCAGCAGGGAAGCAGGAGCGGCUUGCAAGAGGUCAAGAUUAUGAGGAGGUUGAGAAUGAGAAAGAUGGCACAAGGAACUCAAGAGAAGAUGAUGAGGAACAGAGUGGCGAUACUAGUCAGUUUCAUGAGCAUGAUGAUACGUUUAUACCAAGUAAUAGCGUAGCUUUGGCUGAAGACUACAGCAGAAAAGGAGUUGAAGUCUUCCAUGACAGGCCUAUAAUGCCGGGUAUUGGGGGUCAGAAGAAGACGUUUGAUGAGUUGUUGGAGGAGCAGCUGAGGCUGGAGGAGCAGAGGCUGAAGUCUGCCCGGCAACAGCAGAGCCAAGAUGGAGCUGUUGCUGUACAAGCUCCUCCUAAGAGGGCCUUUCUGAAGCGAGGCGAGGGCCUCUCAAGAUUUACCAAUAACCGCAAAGCCUCGUUACCAAAAACGGAGGUGAAGAAGGAUCCCAAACCACAACAACCCCAGGCCAGAGUAAUCUGCCGCAGCAACUCAGAGCCUGCAGCCAUCCAGAGAGGAGGCACAAAUAGUGUCCAGCGGCUUCCUGUCCAACGUAAAACCGCCACACUCAACAAGGAAAACCGACUGAAAGAUGUCAGUUUGCCUGCUCAGGACAUCAGAGUUGAUAAUAAAGCAGCACGGAUGAAGGUUUUAGGUAGUCAUCAAAGACAGAACACAGAAGGACCAGAGUCUGUUCAAACAGACCCAGAGGGUAGACCAACCAAACAAGUGGGUAAAGUAAUGGCACAGAAUAAUAGGAAAGUAGGUCUGUCAGCUCAGGCCGUGAGGAACCCUGGUCCCAACACGCAGCCAAACCCUGUAACCAAACAGGUGGGCAUGUUAAGAGGGCCAGAGAAGGCUGAAGGCGAUGAUGCCGCUUGUGGUUCAGGAGUGGAAUCAGGAGGAGGAGGAGAUGGAGUUCCCCAGGAUUCGUUCGAGUUGUCGUUUCAGGAGAAGCUCCAGCGUUGGGAGUGUGACCGGCAGGUGGAAAACAUGGAGCUGGGAGAGUUUGAGCUGCUGGAGCAAGCGGCCGAGGAGCUGUCCUUCUCGUCCAACUCCUCUUUUGUCAUGAAGGUUCUUCAGAUGGACAAGCUGCAGGCUGCCAUGGGGCUACACCCUCGACGGCUUUCUUCUACCCCCAUCAAGUCACCCCCAAGAGGUGCACUACAGAGGUGCUACAGUGUUGGUAGUAGUGGUGGCUUGGCCUAUAAAGGCAGUUCCAUGAACUCAGAAGCUGGUGUGAUGAAGAUAAGAGACGAUGCACUCCGGAAUAAAGUGAGUGUUGAGGAUAAGGAGGAACAGGACAGUGGGAGGGAAGAUGAGCACGAGAGCUCUGCCGUUUCAUCCUGUGGUGGCUCUGAAUUUGAAGAUCAGGAAGUGGCGGGAAACCCACCAUUUCCCAGCACCCACUGCUUUCCUGCACAGUCAAAUCAGCCAUAUGACAAACGGUCGUAUCAGGACGAGGACAGUUGCAGGGAUUCAGACGUGACACAAGUAGACGAUGGGGAGACGGACAGCAUCCUCAGCAAUACUGAUGAGUCCACUCUGAUAGAGGAGAAAGACGGGCAGCAGGGUAGAGUUGUGUUUGACGACAACGACACGUGGAACGACCUGGAGGACAUCGCAGUCGGCACAGCCAGUGACUGUAGAGGAGUUUGUCCAGUGUCCAAGGCAACAGUCAAUGGAGUCUCACCACCACAGCGGACUCUGCUAAGGAAGGUGGCAGUGAGCAAAGUUGUGGAGCUGGAUAAAGGCACGGUCAUUGGUUCAGCUAAUCAGGAGCCUGUUGCUCAUCCUCCAGCCUCCCAACUCAUGACAAAGUUGUUCCCCUUGCUGAAGCCAAAGGCCCAGAAUGCACCUCUCCCUCCCCCUCCUGCUGCUUCUGUUGCUCCUGAAUCCAAAAAGCCAGAGGAGGAGACAGGUCAGCAGGUCCAGUCUAGACUGCUGAGGGAGAGACUGGUUGAGCUGGAGAUUGAGAUCGAGAGAUUUAGGAAGGAGAAUGCUGCCCUCACCAAACUCAGACAGGAGAAUGAGAAAACCCAGGAAAAUCUCAGGAAGGAGCGUUUGGAGUUUGAGAAGAUGAAAUCNGAGGAGCUGGCCAAGUUUGAGGAGCACAAGAAAGAGGAGAACAGGAAGUUGCAGAAGGAGCGCAAACUGUUUGAGAAGCAUGUAGCGGCUGCCAGAGCCAUACCUGACAAGAAGGAACGAGAGGAAAUCCAGGCGUUGAAGCAGCAGCUAAGCUCCCUGCAGGAGGAGCUGAGGGGGAGGGAAAGUCGCUGGGCCUCCACACACAGCCGGCUGCGGCAACAGAUUGACUCCCUCAAUGAGGAGAACAGUUCUCUCCGGGACGAGAUCCAUAUGUUGGAAAAGCUCCGUCUCAGUGCCUGGAAGAAAAACCCUGUCAAUGCAGAGAAGGACAAAGAGACGAAAGAUGUUCCCAGAAUAUUUGAAAACAGUGUGCCACCUGUGACCAAAGGAGUGAAAUUUGCUAGUCCUCUAGACUCCAGAGCAGGCAGCAGCAUCAGCCCUCCACUGAGCAGCACUGCUGCCAGCAAAUGGAGCUCCAGGGAGGUCAGUCAGGGGGCUACAGCAGGGAUAAAGAGCAGCUUGAGGAAGCCACCCGGGCCGGGACGCUCGUCCACAUCCUCCUCUUCUUCAUCGCCUGGCAGGAGGACAGAGGAGAGGUCAGCACCCGCCAGCAAGAGCCAGGACAAACCACCAAACCAAGAACACUGGCACAACUGCUCUCUGAAAGGAGAUUCUCCGCCCAUAGAACCAGAUUGCAGUGAGGCAGAAGAGCCAGAAUCAGCUCAGGUUAUCACACACCCUGAUGGGAAGAUAGAGAAGGUUCUGGCCGGUGGCGAUCGCCUUAUUGCCUUCCCCAACGGGACCAGGAAGGAGGUUUCAGCAGACGGACUGACGGUCAAAGUCACCUUUUUCAACGGAGACACCAAACAGAUCACAGCCGACCAGAGAGUGAUCUACUACUACGCUGAAGCCCAGACGACACACAUCACCUACCCAGAUGGCGUGGAGGUCCUGCACUUUCCGAAUAACCAGACUGAAAAGCAUUUCCCAGAUGGACGUAAGGAAAUCACCUUUCCAGACCAGACGGUCAAGAACCUGUUCCCCAACGGCAGGGAGGAGAGCGUGCUAACAGAUGGGACCAUCAUACAAGUCAACCCGGACGGGACCAAAGAGAUCCACUUCAACACAGGCCAGAAGGAGAUCCACGCAGCAGACUACAAGAAGAGGGAGUACCCAGACGGCACUGUGAAGACGGUGUACACAGACGGCAGGCAGGAAACGCGCUACCCCAAUGGACGGCUCAGGAUCAAAGACAAAGAUGGCAACGUCAUCCUGGACAACAGGGCGUAGAAACGUCUCAAGUCUACAUUCAUACAACUGAUUCCUAUAGACCAGUCGCAAAAAGUCUCUGACAAAGCAGAAACUCAUUUGACUCUAAUGUGCUUCAAACAUCCAAGGCAAAGCUACAGUUGAUACUCCACAGUAGAUGAGCUUGAGGAAGUCAUAAGCCUUUUAAAUAUUUUUUAUUUAUUUAUGCAUUCAACAUGUUAAACCUCAAGUCAUUGGAUACACACAAUUUUUUUUUUAACUAGGAACUUGUGUUAUUUGGAAGAAUACUCCACAGGGCAGCUUCAGUGUUUCAGUGAUGCAACAUGUUUUGUGUCUAAAACAGGCAUCUGAAAUUAAUCCUUUAGUCUUGCUAGACCAAUCUUUUCUUUGUGUCAGGAUAUUUCUGGCAACUGAUCUACCAGAUUCCCUUAUAAAUCUGAAUAUUUGAAUUCAUAUUGUUUACAUUUUCAGUAAAAGCCUAGGAAUAAUGAAAUGCUGCACAGAAACAAAACAUCGCCUGUUUAGUACAUUCAAGUAGAACUACGUGUGUGUGAGAGAGGUUUUUACAACUAUUUUAAUUUGUAAAAAUGUUAAAUACAUAUUUAUUUUCUUA